GCGCCGUGCGGAGAGAGGUAUUUUAUGCAUGGAGUUUGUAAAGAAGGAGAUAACUGUCGUUACUCUCAUGACCUGUCUGACAGUCCCUAUGGUGUAAUGUGCAAGUAUUUUCAGCGAGGGUACUGUAUUUACGGAGACCGCUGCAGAUAUGAGCAUAGCAAGCCACUGAAACAGGAAGAAGCGACUACUACAGAUCUAACUGCAAAGUCGUCCCUUGCUGCUUCCUCAACACUCUCAUCAGUAGUUGGACCGCUUGUUGAAAUGAAUACAGGAGAAGCUGAGUCAAGAAAUUCAAACUUUCCAACUGUAGGAGCAGGUUCAGAGGACUGGGUGAAUGCCAUCGAGUUUGUUCCCGGGCAACCCUACUGUGGCCGUACUGCCCCUUCCUGCACUGAAGCACCCCUGCAGGGCUCAGUGACCAAGGAAGAAUUAGAGAAAGAGCAAACCGCUGUGGAAACAAAGAAGCAGCUUUGCCCCUAUGCUGCAGUGGGAGAGUGUCGAUAUGGGGAGAACUGUGUGUAUCUCCAUGGAGAUGCAUGUGACAUGUGUGGGCUGCAGGUCCUACAUCCAAUGGAUGCUGCUCAGAGAUCACAACAUAUAAAAUCUUGCAUUGAGGCCCAUGAGAAGGACAUGGAGCUCUCAUUUGCCGUGCAGCGCAGCAAGGACAUGGUGUGUGGGAUCUGCAUGGAGGUGGUCUAUGAGAAAGCCAACCCCAGUGAGCGCCGCUUUGGGAUCCUCUCCAACUGCAACCACACCUACUGUCUCAAGUGUAUUCGCAAGUGGAGGAGUGCUAAGCAAUUUGAGAGCAAGAUCAUAAAGUCCUGCCCAGAAUGCCGGAUCACAUCUAACUUUGUCAUUCCAAGUGAGUACUGGGUGGAGGAGAAAGAAGAGAAGCAGAAACUCAUUCAGAAAUACAAGGAGGCAAUGAGCAACAAGGCGUGCAGGUAUUUUGAUGAAGGACGUGGGAGCUGCCCAUUUGGAGGGAACUGUUUUUACAAGCAUGCGUACCCUGAUGGCCGUAGAGAGGAGCCACAGAGACAGAAAGUGGGAACAUCAAGCAGAUACCGGGCCCAACGAAGGAACCACUUCUGGGAGUUCAUUGAGGAAAGAGAAAGCAGCAACCCCUUUGACAACGAUGAAGAAGAGGUUGUCACCUUUGAGCUGGGCGAGAUGUUGCUUAUGCUUUUGGCUGCAGGUGGGGACGACGAAUUGACAGACUCUGAAGACGAGUGGGACUUGUUUCAUGAUGAGCUGGAAGAUUUUUAUGACUUGGAUCUAUAGCAGCUUUGCGUGGCGUGUGAACUGGUCUGCUGAGCCUCAGACAGUAGCUGUCCCCUGUGGUGGUGUGGCGGUGCCUGUGUUCUCUCCUAGGCAGGCCUAUCAAACUCCAGGUGCUGUCAUAAUAACUUCUACCCAGGGCCUGUCUUUUCCAUCCUUCAC